AUGAUGGACAAUGAUUACGUGAAUAGAUCACAACAAGAGCCACCACCGCCUUACCAUAUUAUAAUUCAACAGCCGACGUACCAUCCACAAGCUUUCGAACAGGGUCCUUUGCCACAUGCUACCUAUCCAACUCCAGCUAACAAUUUUGGACCUCAAUAUAUGGGACCAUCUUAUCCAUCCUAUCCGCCUCCGCCUAAUAUGUAUGGUCAUCAUUACAUGGGACCAUCUCCAACAGGUACCGCUCCACAGCCUAUCUAUAUCAUACAGCAACAACCGCAACAGUCACAACCGGUAAUAACACAAAUGGUCACAGUUCAACAGAGAACAAGUGAUGGAUGCUGCUGCUUAAUUUGUCUUCUCACGGGCGGAUUGAAUAUUCCAUGCUGGAUUGCUAGUUGUCUUGGUUGCUGCGAUUGA